UCCUGGUACAUUUUGUACUUUGUUUUAGCUGCAUUUCUAGAUGUCGAUGAAUUCGACCUUAAUCAUACCAAAUGCUUUUAUUGUAAAGUUGUGUUUACGCAUGAUGCACGUACGUCACAAAUCUAUGUCUGUAUAAAAGAGAGAACACUGUUCUUUGUCAACAAGAGAAGUAAAUGCUUUGUCCCAGAUGAAAACAUACAUAUUUGUUGGUCUGAAACAGGAGUGUGGGAGACAGAAGGGGAGUUUUACCCUGUGUUUUAGGCCCAUCAUUAUCAUAUCCAGGACGACGGGGAAUAAACACAAACCCUGUGAUUCUGGAGAUUACGUUGCUUGUUUCGCCUGUCUUCGGGAAGAACUUCCCUCUAAACGGAGCUCAACUCAGACAACUGGGUCAACUCUGCGGCGCGAGGGGAAGCUGCAGUUUAACUGCACACAUGUUGGCUGAGGUCAGCUGGCUGCUCUUUGUAAUUCUCAUUCCUCGGAGGUGGAUCAUCGCAGCCGCGGGGCUGACUCACGCCCGGCUGAGUUAAAACGGCUGCAGCGCCCGGGAACACAAAGAGUCUGCUGUGAGGCUCCUGCUGAACACUUCUCACUCCGUAAAGCGCCGGCUGUGGAUCCGCGGGACCGGACCUGUGGACCUGAUGAUGGACGGAUCAGGACUCCUGCCGCCGCCGCCGCUGCUGCUGCUGCUGCUGCUGGGCCUCAGAGCUGCACUGUGUGAGGUGGAGUGGACAGAGCUGAACGAAGCAAAGGCGUAUUUAAAGCAGUAUGGCUACUUAAAUGACCCGGCUGACCCACAGGACCCUUCUUACCUGGAGGAGGUCAUUGAAGCACUAAGAGUCUUCCAGGGGGUGAAUGAGCUGCCCCCUACUGGGGAGCUAGAUGGAGCCACGCUUGGAGUGAUGAGGCAGCCCCGCUGCGGCUUGGAGGAUCCGUUCAACAAAAAGUUACACAAGUUCAAAGUGAUGGGUCGUUGGAGGAGGAAGAGACUCACUUACCGCAUCUAUAACUACACACCUGACAUGGUGAGGUCGGAGGUCAGGAAGGCCCUCCGCUCUGCCUUUAAAUACUGGAGCGACGCGGCUGAUCUGACGUUCACAGAGAUCGACUUUGGCAGAGCAGACAUCAAGAUCUCCUUUCAUAAGAAAGACGGCUUCUGCCCAGUCCCGUUUGACGGCCGGGGUCGCGUACUGGCUCAUGCCGAGUCACCAGAAUCUGGCGUCGUCCAUUUUGACGAGGACGAGUUCUGGACGGAGGCAUCGUACCACGGCACUAACCUGCGUAUCGUGGCUGCCCAUGAAAUAGGCCACGCUCUGGGACUGGGCCACUCCCAGUUCAGGAGCGCCCUGAUGGCGCCGGUUUACGCUGGUUACCGCGUCAACUUCAGGCUGCAUUCAGACGACGUUAACGGCAUUCAGACACUUUACGGCAAACCCAUCAGCACCAUAACGUCCAGUACACCGACCCUGGGCAGCCCGGAGCAGGGCAGCCCCAUACCGGACCCCUGCACUGCAGACCUGGAUGCCAUCAUGUUGGGACCAUGGGACAAAACCUUCGCCUUCAGUGGGGACUAUGUGUGGACGAUCUCUGAUAUGGGCCACAACAGUCCCAUAAGGAUCAACAGACUGUGGUGGGAACUCCCGGGCAGCCUGAACGCCGCCGUCCACUCACAGAGAACCAACAAGACCUACUUCUUUAAAGGCAGUAAAGUGUGGCGGUACACCAGGUUCACGCUUGACUACGGCUACCCCAAACAGGUCAAGCGCGUCCCUCCUAACAUCGACGCAGCCUUGUACCUGCACAUUAACCAGAAGCUCGUGUUCAUAAAGGGGUCGGACCACUGGCAGUUUGACGAGGUGAAACCCAACCUGUCUUUCCACCCUAAGCCGCUGAGCAGGCUCAUCAGCGGCCUGCCGUCCUCUCCUGACGCAGCCUUCACCUGGGACAACGGAAAGAUCUUUUUCUUCAAGGGCGACAACUACUGGCGAGUGAACGAGCAGCUGACAGUGGACAGGUGGUACCCGCAGAGCAAGGCGAAGCGAUGGAUGAGAUGCUAGCGACCCACCACCAGGGGGCAGCAGCAACUAGAGGACAGGGCUCUGACUCCAAUCCGAGGGCAUUGACUAAUAAACCUGGACAUCAGUGACUGUGAAUUGGGUGAAAAAUAGUGAGAGACUGACUGACUUCACUUCACUGGAUUUCAUUACUGUUGAGCCCCUUCAGGCUGAUUCGUGGAGAGCAGAGAGUCUCCACAGGCUGAUGAAUUAUGUAAGCUUCAGUAUAAUCCUGAGGAGAAAUGGAGGCCAUCUGUUUUCCUUUUUUCUUCCACAUAUGUGUUGGAUUAUGUGUUGCAACACUUUUCUUAAGAUGUUACAUUAUGGCUUUAUUUCUUGCAUGUUGUGCAUGUUUUGGAUCAGAUUAUUAUUAUUAUUUUUACAGAGAAAAUGUGAGAUUUUAUUAAAUAAACAGACAUCGUCAACGA